AUGGUGCUCGCAUCUUUUCGCAACCUGUGUAACCAGUGGUUCCCUCCCAAGCCUUCCUUCACAGAGAACGAAGUGCCUUCUCAACACGGCAAAGUCUUCAUCGUGACGGGAGGAAAUGGGGCCGUGGGAUACGAGCUGAUCAAGAUCCUAUAUGGCACUGGCGCUACAAUAUACAUGGCAUCCCGAUCCAAGGAAAAAGCAGAAAAAGCAAUCCAAGCCCUCGUUUCCUCAUCCCCAGUCCCUAAAACACCAGGGCAAAUCAAAUUCCUGCACCUCGACCUGAACGACCUCCUCUCCGUCAAAACAGCAGCAGCAAGCUUCGCGGCCCAAGAAAGCAAACUCGACGUCCUCUGGAACAACGCUGGAGCGAGUGCUCACUCGUUCGAGAUAGGAGACAGGACAGCACAAGACCUCGAGCCGUUAGUUGGCACGAACUGCGUCGCAACACUGCUCUUCACUACUCUACUUCUUCCGCAACUUCGUGCUGCUUCGUCACGUGAGUCGCCUGCGAGGGUUGUCUGGACAUCUUCUUUCCUAGCCGAGGGCGCGAGUCCAAUGAAUGGCAUCGAUCUCUCUCUUCUGGAAACCGGGACGAAGGAUAAGACGAGGAACUAUGCCAUCUCCAAGGCUGGGACGUGGAUGCUAGGUAGGGAGUUCGCGAGGAGGUAUGGCGGGGAUGGCAUCGUGAGCGUGGUGCUGAAUCCGGGCAAUUUGAGGAACGAGGGGUGGGCGAAGGUUGAUAAGGUUACAAUGUUUUUUAUUAGGCAUGUUUUGUAUGACCCGAGGUUUGGCGCUUAUACGGAGCUGUAUGCCGGGUUGUCGAGGGAUAUUGGGAUGGAGGAGAAUGGGGCGUAUGUUAUUCCUUGGGGGAGAGUGAGGGGUGAUGAGGGGUGUCCGAGGAAGGAUAUAUUGAAUGCUAUUAGAUCUGAAGAGGAUGGUGGGCUGGGAUAUGCGGAGAAGCUGUGGGAGUGUGUCAUUACUCUCCAAGAAAAGAAUGAUGCGAGUAUUCGAUAA